AUGCAUCUUGCAAAUGGAGACCCUGCAAACUCUACGGGUGUCACUGAAUUCCUCCUGCUGGGAUUUGGGGAUCUGGGAGAUCUAGAUUUUCUCCUCUUCCUGCUCUUCCUCGUGAUCUACAUGGCAACCAUGGUGGGGAAUAUGCUCAUCAUCAUGCUGGUGGUGUUAGAUCACAGCCUUCACAGUCCCAUGUACUUCUUCCUGGGAAAUUUGUCCUGCUUGGAGAUCUGCUACAGUUCCAGCAUUGUCCCCAAGAUGCUUUCUGGCCUCCUCCACCAUUUUUCUGUCAUUUCUGUUGCUGGCUGCAUGGCACAAUAUUAUUUCUUUGGUUUCCUGGCAGUAGCUGAGUGUUAUCUCCUGGCAGUAAUGUCUUAUGACAGGUAUGUAGCAAUCUGCAAGCCGUUGCUCUAUGUGACCCUUAUGGACAGCAAGAGUUGCUUCCAGCUGGUAGUUGGAUCCUGGCUAAAUAGUUCACUGGUUGCUAGCCUGACCAUCUACUUGAUGCAGCAACUGACCUUCUGUGGUCCAAACAAAAUUGACCAUUUCUUUUGUGACUACAGGCCAUUGUUAAAGUUGUCAUGCAGUGACACCCAUGCCACAGAGUGGAUAACAAUCCUUCUGGCAGGUGUGUGCUCUCUGCCACCCUUUGUUUUAACUCUGGCAACUUACACUUACAUCAUAUUAGCCAUUCUGAGAAUCCCAUCCAAUCUUGGGAGGCAAAAGGCCUUCUUUACCUGCUCAUCUCAUCUUACGGUGGUGUCCAUUUUCUAUGGCACCAUAAUGAUUGUCUAUCUCUUAAGAGCAGAGGCACUUCAGAACUUGAACAAGAUCUUCUCUCUCUUCUAUGUAGUGCUGACUCCCCUCCUCAACCCACUCAUAUACAGUCUGCGAAACAAGGAGGUAAAGGAUGCCUUGAGGAAAGUCCUUAAGUUCUUAGCACACAAAACCACACUUUAA